CCGCUUUCUGCGUGGCGCGGCGUUCCGCAGGCUAGAAAGUGACAGGACAAGAGAGCUGCAAGUUGUUGACAUUUUUCUCAAGUUGUGUAAUUUGUUUUGCGGAGACAGAAAUGGACGACCAGGGGUGCCCGAGAUGCAAAACGACCAAGUACAGGAACCCGUCUCUGAAGCUGAUGGUGAACGUCUGCGGCCACACGCUGUGCGAGAACUGUGUGGAGAUGCUGUUUGUGCGUGGUUCAGGUAACUGUGUGCAGUGUGACACGCCCUUGAGGAAGAGCAACUUCCGUGUGCAGCUCUUCGAGGACCCGACUGUAGAUAAGGAGGUGGAGAUUCGCAAGAAGGUGCUGAAGAUAUACAACAAGAGAGAUGUUGACUUCCCCAGCCUGAGAGAGUACAACGACUACCUGGAACAAGUGGAGGACAUAGUGUUCAACCUGACAAACAACAUUGAUGUAGAGAAUACCAAGCUGAGGAUGGAGCAGUACCAGAGGGAGAACAGAGACAUCAUCCAGAGGAAUAAGGCUAAACUUACGCGAGAGCAGGAGGAGCUGGAGGAGCUGCUGUUGCUGGAGCAGAGGGACAAUGAGCAGCGCAGACUGGAGGUGCUUCAGGAGGAGCAGAGGCAGCUACAGGCCAAGAGGAAGAACAAGCAGGCUCUGCUGGAUGAACUGGAGCAAUCUAAAAUUCCUGCCACCAUCUUGCUGGCGCAACACAAAGUCCGUGCUGCCCAGCUGGAGACUGAGAUCGAGCAGCAGAAACAGGUGGUCAAACCCACCAAUCUAUUUUCAACUGGAAUCCAUAUGCGUCAGACGGUGUCACUUCAGCCUGUGCCCAGGAUAGAGGAAGUUCUGUACCACUACAAGCCCCUUCAGAUUGAACUCGGUGGACCCCCAGUGCCUGAACUUGAGCAGCUUGGCAGACUUGGGUAUCUGAACCACGUGCGGGCUGCCAUGCCCCAGGACACAGCUGGAGGAUACACCUCUGCUUUGGCCUGUCAUCGAGCCAUUCAGGACGCUUUCAGUGGGCUGUUCCCUCCUAGAGGAUGAACACAUUCAUGACAGACACUGGUGAGAAAUGUGAUCUAAAAGGACUCUAAAAACCUGCUGCUGUCCAUGUGGAGCAGGGAAAAGCUUCUCUGAAUUAUUGUCAGGGGUUGUGUGAUUGUUUUUAUAUUUUCUUAUUUGAAUAUUAAAAAACAUCUGUGA